CUGGUUGUUCUGACUUGUGUGAGUUCACUGUAUUGUAAAGGCUGCCGUGAAUCGCAUUAGGAGAGGGGGCGGUUUUAGGAAGAUUCUGUAUAUUGGCCGCCCAUCAAGUGCCUCCGCGAUCACAGCCGGUCGCGUAUUUUGUUACAUUUUAGGAUAUAUUUUAAUUGUUUUUAUUAUUAAUUAUUUAUUAUUCUCCUGUUAGUUUAUGGUUUACGUUAACACUCCGGGAGGGCAGAAAUGGCGGCCAACAUGUACCGGGUCGGAGAUUAUGUAUUCUUUGAGAACUCAUCCAGCAACCCUUACCUGAUCCGCCGAAUAGAAGAACUCAACAAGACUGCUAGUGGGAAUGUGGAAGCUAAGGUGGUUUGUUUCUACAGAAGGAGAGAUAUCUCCCACAGCCUCAUACAGCUUGCAGACAAGCACGCAAAGGAGCUGGAGGAAGAGAAAGAGAGCCCAGCAGAGACAGAUUUGACAGAAAAACAGAAACACCAGCUUCGCCACAGAGAGCUCUUCCUUUCUCGGCAGUACGAGAGUCUACCUGCAACACACAUCAGGGGGAAAUGCAGCGUUGCGUUACUAAAUGAGACUGAAGCUGUUCUGUCGUACCUCGACAAAGAGGACACCUUCUUCUACUCCCUGGUGUACGACCCCACACAGAAAACCCUGCUGGCAGACAAAGGAGAGAUUCGAGUCGGGCCGCGUUUUCAGGCAGAUGUACCUGAAAUGUUACAAGAGGGAGAGGCAGAUGACAGGGACCUGUCCAAGCUAGAAGAGAAGCUUUGGGAUCCAGAGUGUCCACUCACCAACAAACAGAUAGACCAAUUCCUAGUAGUAGCACGGGCGGUGGGGACCUUUGCCCGAGCGCUGGACUGCAGCAGUUCGGUCAGACAGCCUAGCUUACACAUGAGCGCUGCUGCAGCCUCGCGAGACAUCACACUGUUCCACGCGAUGGACACGCUGCAUCGCCAUAAUUACGAUCUGUCCAGUGCGCUGAGCGUGCUGGUCCCAGCAGGAGGCCCAGUGCUCUGCAGGGACGAGAUGGAGGAGUGGAGUGCCUCAGAAGCCGCCAUGUUUGAAGAGGCAUUAGAGAAAUAUGGAAAAGACUUCAACGACAUUCGACAAGACUUUCUGCCAUGGAAGUCCCUGACCAGUAUCAUAGAAUACUACUACAUGUGGAAGACCACAGACAGAUAUGUGCAACAGAAGCGACUCAAGGCAGCAGAGGCGGAGAGCAAACUGAAGCAGGUUUAUAUCCCCACGUAUAACAAACCCAACCCUAACCAGAUCUCAGUGACCAAUGGCAAGGUGGCAACGGUGAAUGGCGCAGGCACCGGGCCCUAUCACACAGCGGGAGGCGGUAGAGCCUGCGAGAGCUGCUACACCAUGCAGUCGGCCCAGUGGUACUCAUGGGGUCCUCCCAACAUGCAGUGUCGCCUGUGCGUUUCCUGCUGGAUGUACUGGAAAAAGUACGGCGGCCUGAAGAUGCCAAGCCGAGCAGAGGGUCCAGAGGAGAGGACCUCCCCCACUCCCAUAACCAGUGAGCCUCGUCCUCGAGGUCACGCUCCACGUCAGUCCAACCACAUGGUGCCGAUGCGAAACAGCGGCAGCCCGAAGUCCUCCAUGAAGACUAAGCAGGCCUUCCUCCUGCAGGCCAACCGUCUCACCAAGAUGGCCCGUAUCAUUUGCCGUGACAUGAUCAAGCUGCGCCGUGCUGCGCGCCGGCCCUUUGUUCCCAUUAACUGUGGGUCCCUAAAGGCAGAGUACAUGUUAAGGGUCUCAGAGGGGCAGGGGACUCGCCUACCCAAAACCAGAGCUGCCCAGAGGAGCACUCUGACCAGUGUCCUGCAGUUUUUAGAGUCUCGGCCAGCAGCCCAUACCCCUCGUUCUUACCGCACCCCUGGCCUCCAGACGCCUCCCCCACGGCGCCUCCUCUCUUCUCUGCCACAUGGCCCCCAUGGCAUGCUGGGAAAACGCAGCUACCAUCACCACAGCAGGACUGAGCCUGACAGACGCUCAGAAAACCCAGUGUCCACAGGGGGACCCCUCCUGCACAAUGGCCGCAACAGCACCGGUGGAAACACCAGGGGUGGAAUGAUGAUCCGUAAGAGGCGCCCCAACUGGAUUGAUGCCCCUGAUGACAGCUUCUUCCUCGUCACUCGAGAGACCAGGAGGGCUCGACGGCUGCUGUCCCGCUCUCAGCUUAGACACGCCUGCCGACAGCCCUGCGAACAGAUCACCUUACGCAGGGUCUCCCAGGGCCCUCCUCAGGGGCUCGUACUGGCACCCCCACACCCUCACCCCAGCCUGAGGAUGCGAGGCCCCAUCGUCAUCCACGACUGACCGCACGCAGACGCAGCCAACUCCACGCCCUGCACACACUAACAAUUCUCACCUCAUACAACGUUUUCUUUAUGGUCCUCAAUAACAAUCUACAAUCCUCAGUAACUACUACAGAUGAUGAUUUGUACUGCAAUAGACACAAACACCUGAAAUGGAUGAAAUCCUCUGGAAGCGUGCGUGCGUAUGUGCGUGUGUGUGAGUGUGUGUGUUUUGUAUGAUAGUGUAAUGAACAGGUUUAAACACAGGGGAGUUUCUGUCCUGUUGUUGGCUUUUACAGACAGAUAUAAUGACGUGAUCUUUGUGUUGAUGGUGAAAUGUUGUGUUUUUUUCAGUUUGUACAAAGUUACUUUACGUCGAGGCAUGAGGGAUUAGAAUAUGUUUUGAUUGGGUGGGAUAAGGGACCGAGGGUUGGUUUUCAGUUUUUUAGGUGGUCUUCUUGAACUUUUGGAGGAAAAUGUCUGAUGCUGACAUUAAAAAAAAUCUAAUGCACUGAACCAGCAGCCUGUGAAGAAAACGGCUGCUGUAAAUCCACCUGCAGUUUCUUUUUUGUUGCGCUCACCUUGAUGACUGAAUCAGAGGGCUGAAGCUGGUGUUGAAGAGCCACAGCCGACCUUGUACAAAGCUGUCACCUAUUCAUGACAAAUCCACAGGUUUAGGAGCUGGUUAAAGCAAAGAAACACUUUUGUCUUCAUCAAACCUUGUAUAUCUCAUUACAGGACUGUAAAUCUACUCAUCCUAUUUCUAUAGACUGCUGACACAGCCCUGACUUGAAUACUGAAGCACUUCCCCUGCAGAAAAAAAGGCAUGAAUCAGUCAUAGUUCACUUUGAGCUGAGAUGGUCAAGCCAGACUUUGAGGCUAAAACCCAGCGGUAGUUGUGGAUAUUUACUGACAGCAUCAUUUUCUUUGUUCUCCUAAGCUGCCAGGCAAGUCACAACUUCUCUUUUUAUUUUCUUCUUCCCAUUCUCCUUGAUCCAUGUCAGCAUUACCUCAGAACGUUGCUUGUGAACCCAUUCGCCCAUCGGGUGUCUCUUCAGAUCUUCAGUUUAUUCAACAAACAUUGCCGUCGCCGCCAGCAUGUCUCUGAGGUGAGAGCCUCCACCGGCCAGUGGGUCAUGUGAUUUCUUCUCCUUCAAUCAGAAUGUUUAUGUUAGUGUUUUACUCGUAUGUCUUGUGUUGAAUUAUGAAUAUGCUGAGAACAAUAAUGAUGAUCAUAAUAAAAAUGUAGAAAAACAGCAGUGUCCAGUC